UUUAAACGCAAGGAAAAUGCCAUCUCUUAUUUCUCUUUCCUCUUUUUCUGUUUAAUUAUUUACUCUACUAAAUAUUCCUCUCUAUAUUUCGGGCGAUCUUUUUUCCGGUCAUUUACACGUUUUCCGAUCAUUUCUCUCUAUUUACAGUUUUCAGUCCUGUCUAUUUCCAGCUCUCUUUUUUUUUUUUUUUUGUUUUUUAUAUGGAAUUAAUGGUUUCAGAUUGGGAGAAAUGCAGUUGAACUAAAACGGUGUUUUUGGUAUGAGCGGUUAGUUAUUUUUGCGCUUUUUUUUUUUGUCAUUUAAUUGCUGCUAAUUUAAGCUGAAACCAUAUCUUAUUUUCACUAUUUCUGAGAGGAAUUUCGUAUAAGGUUGUUUUCUGAAUAGUUUAGUUCUUAAAAGAGUGUUUUUGGCGUGCAGUUAGUUAUUUUUUGGGCUUUUUUUUAAAAAAGAAAAAUUAUUUUCUGCUAGUUUAAGCAAAAACAUAGCUUAAUAUUCAUUGUUUCAGAGAGGAUUUUCGUAUAAGGUUGUUUUGUGAAUAGUUUAGUUCUUAAAAGAGUGUUUUUGGCGUCCAGUUUGUUAAGUUUUCGGCUGUUUUUGUAAUUUAUUUGCUGCUAUUAAAGCUAAAAUAUAGCUUAAUUUUCAUCAUUUCAGAGAGGAAUUUUGUCUUAGGUUGUUUAUCAGAUUAAUUUUGUCAAUGGAUGCUCACAAUUAUCAUGGUCCAGUUAGUGGAAAAAAGAGUAAUGAGUGGGAUUCGAUUAAUUGGACAUGGGAUGGUGAUUUAUUUACAGCGGAGCGGCGGAAUAAUAAUUCACUGCCAUCAGAUUGUUGUAAGAGCAAACAGUUAAUGUUUCCUAUAGGAUCAGAGAUUCAUCCAGAAGCUAGUAGAAUCUCCAAUUGUUUUUCAUCUGGUUCAGAUGAAUUACUGACAUUAGGAAGUAAUGAUAAAGGGAGGAAAGAAUUGGAGAAAAGGAGGCGGGCGAUCGUCAUUGAAGAUGAUGAACUGGAUAAUGAGGAAGAAGCUGGAUCACUUAAUUUGAAGCUAGGUGGACAAUUGUAUCCUGUGAUGGAAGGGGAUGAGGAAAAAUUGGAAGGGAAGAGUGGUAAGAAGACGAAAAUUGUUGGGGUUUCGUCGAAUCGUGCAGUUUGUUGUCAAGUGCAGGAUUGUCGAGCUGAUUUGAGCAAUGCUAAAGACUACCAUCGGCGACAUAAAGUGUGUGAUGUGCAUUCUAAAGCUGCUAAAGCUUUGGUGGGCAAUGUUAUGCAGCGAUUUUGUCAGCAGUGCAGUAGGUUUCAUGUUCUACAAGAGUUUGAUGAGGGGAAGCGGAGCUGUCGUAGGCGGUUAGCUGGUCAUAACAGGCGAAGAAGAAAAACACAUCCAGAAAAUGUAGCUAAUGGAGCCUCCAUGAAUGAUGAGGGGGGUAUUAACUACUUAUUAAUUAGUCUGCUGAGGAUACUGACCAACGUACAGUCCAAUAGCUCAGAUCAAACUAAAGACCAGGAUCUACUGUCCCAUCUGAUGAGAAACCUAGCUAGUUUGGCUGGUGCAACUAAUGAGAGGAAUACAUCGGGCUUGUUGUCUGCACCUCCAGAGCAGCGUAAUGUAGGGACAUCUAUGGGGGCUCCAAAAGAGGAUUCUCUUAGGCCUACUGGGAAUUGUUUGAUACCUGCAUCUGAAGUGACAGAGAAGAGAAUGGGCAGGAGUGAUGUUGAAUAUGGGAUUUCACAAAAUCCUUGUGCCUGGCAGCCUCAUUCUCUUUGUUGCAGAAAAGAGAGCUCACCUAUCAAUGCAAAUGCCUCAGCUAAGGUGAAGCUGAAUAAUAUCGAUUUGAAUAACAUCUAUGAUGAUUCUCAAGAUGGCAAUCAAAAGCUGCAGAAUUCUGAUGCCUCUGCAAACCCAGGGGCUGCAUCUUCUGGCUGUCCUCUAUGGAUAUGUCAUGACCCUCAUAAGUCAAGCCCAGGGACAAGUGGGAACUCGGGAUCUACCUCAUCCCUUUCGCUAUCUAAUUCCAGUGGAGAGGCUCAGAGUCGAACAGAUCGUAUAGUCUUUAAACUCUUUGGGAAAGAUCCUGGUGAUUUUCCUACAGCCUUGCGGAAACAGAUUCUUGAUUGGUUAUCACACAGUCCUACAGAUAUUGAAAGCUACAUUAAGCCUGGUUGUAUUAUACUAACAAUAUAUCUUCGGAUGGAUAAAUCCAUAUGGGAGGAGCUUUAUUGUGAUCUUAAUUCUAGUUUGAGGAAGCUUCUUAAUGCAUCCGCGGAUUCCUUUUGGCAAACUGGAUGGGUUUAUGCUAGGGUGAAUGAUCGAGUGGCAUUUUUGUUUAAUGGGCAGGUUGUUCUGGACACUUCCUUACCAGUCAAAAGCCAUAGGAGCUGUGGGAUAUCAAUUGUCAAACCUAUUGCAGUUUGUGCCUCCGAAAGAGUUCAGUUUCUGGUGAAAGGCGUUAACCUAUCCCGGCCCACUACAAGGUUACUAUGUGCCCUGGAAGGGAAUUACCUGGUCCAGGGUAACUGUACUGAUAUGAUGGUGGGAGCUGAUUCUUGUAUGGACCAUGAAGACAUCCAGUCCCUUAGCUUUCCUUGUAUUCUGCCAAAUGUUACUGGCAGAGGGUUCAUUGAGGUUGAAGACCAUGGCCUUAGUAGCAACUUUUUCCCAUUUAUAGUUGCAGAGAAAGAUGUUUGCUCUGAGAUUCGUACAUUGGAGAGCAAUAUUGAGGUUGCUGAAAUGGCUGGUGGUUUUCUCCAAGGAACUGAAAACUUGCAAGCCAGGGAGCAAGCUCUUGAAUUUUUACAUGAAAUGGGUUGGCUGCUUCAUAGAAGUCAUUUGAAAUUUAGAGUGGGUUCUGGUGUCAACUUGAAUCUCUUCCCUUUUCAGCGAUUCAAGUGGCUUAUAGAAUUCUCCAUUGACCAAGACUGGUGUGCUGUCGUAAAGAAACUGUUGGAUGUUUUCUUCAAUGGCAUUGUAGAUGUAGGACAACAGUCAUCACUUGACAUUCCCUUGCGGGAGGUUGGCAUCCUUCAUCAAGCCGUGAGGAGAAAGUGCAGAUCCAUGGUAGAAGUCCUAUUGAAAUACCGUCCGCAUGGAGCUUUUGACAAAUCAGGACUACAAAAGAAACAAGAUGAUCGUGACUAUUUAUUUAGACCUGAUGCAGUGGGUCCUGGGGGUUUGACUCCACUUCAUCUUGUUGCUAGUCUUGCUGGCUUUGAGAAUAUUUUGGAUGCAUUAAUUGAUGAUCCAGGACAGGUGGGAAUUGAAGCCUGGAAAAGUGCCUGUGACAGUACCGGACUGACACCUAAUGAUUAUGCAUGCUUGCGAGGCCAUUACUCGUAUAUUCAUAUUGUCCAAAAGAAAAUCAGUCAGAAACCAGGUGAUGGGCAUGUUGUUCUCGAUAUCCCUGGUUCGUUGUUGGAUAGCAGUAUCACGCAGAAACUAUCCGAUGGUCAUAGGUCUGUUAAAGUUGCUAGCUUACAAACUGAGAAGUCUUUAAGGAAACCAAUUCAAACACAUUGCAGACAGUGCGACCAGAAACUCUAUUAUGGAAACUCGGGAUCAUCACUUGCAAUAUACAAACCGGCAAUGCUUUCAAUGGUUGCAAUUGCUACCAUCUGCGUUUGUGUAGCUUUGCUAUUCAAAAGCUCACCGGAGGUUCUUUAUUCGUUUAGACCCUUCAGGUGGGAGCUGCUGAAGUAUGGCUCCAUCUAAAGUAGGUAUAACCUAAUAUCAAGGUUAUAGAAGAUAGUAUAGGAUAUCAUGACUUGUUUUUCUUCUUCUGAAUUUAUUGACCGCAAUAUAACUGGAGAGUUCCAACUCUAUGUAUAUUUUAUUUUUUACUAAUUCUUCAUUAAAUAUAUGAGAAGCUCUAAUUACAAUAGGGAAGUUAUAUUCUUUUCAUA